UUAGCGUUGUUGGACCACCCGUUCACGGAUAACAAGUACACCAGCGCAUUAAUUAGCGGCAUGGCCGUUUUAGGCAUUAGCCAGCGAUGCGGUUGGGAAAGCGCGUUGAUAUACACGCCCAAGAUUGCAGCUAUUAUUAAUAUAUCCCGUAUAUUAGUUUUAUAUCAGGCCAUAAAGAUGCGUAAAGAGCGCGCGGCGGAUAUACAACAGAAGGAGCAUUUUAGCCAGAAAGACGCCGAGGAAAUAGUGCCGGCGCAUUUUAAAUUUGUGCAAGAGAUAGCAGACCGGUUUAUAACGUUAGUUUAA